GGCCCGACAAUCUCUUGUCUGCUUUGGUAUACACUUGGGCAAUGUCUUUUGGACAUGAUGGAGAUGAUGCGAUUUUCCACGUAUGAUCUUGGGCAGCGCAAAUACCCCGAAGGAAUAUCACCACUUGGUUAUCUUGAGAGGGAUCUCGAUUGCGCUGCGAAGAUAUGUAGUCUUUUUUGGUUUAGUCACAAAUGGUCACAUACUUGCUUAUUUAAAAAAUUGAUGCAAUUCUGCUGUGACGUCCAGAAGAUCGUGGAUGUUUAG